AUGUCCAGAUAUGUAUGUGGUAGCCAUGAGUUGAAAUCAAAUGCAAGCAUUGGAGAAGCUUGGAGGUCCAGCCGUGGGGUGUGUGAACUUGAAUUGGAACCUCCCAUCCAACUCCUUGUGCUCAAUGAGGAGGUUGGUCUUGCAAAACUUGAUGUCCAUCCAACCCUGGAGUUAGACCUUCUCUUGUCAGUUGGACUCCUGCUGCACAAAGAUUGGUGUGAUCACCCCUCCAACACUUAG